GGUGUGCAAAUCUUUCUGAGAGCGCGCUGCUCUCUAAUCUGUAUAAGGCCCUUGCUGGGCAGCUGCAAGUUUCAGCAUCAGUUCGGCCUGAACAGGAUUCAUGCACUGCACGCGGUAGAUGGUCUCCAGGACGAUUUGGACAUGAUUGCUGACGGGCGAAGGCGGGCCGUUGAAGCCUCCCCAUCAGAUUCCAUUCUGCAUCAGCGUACGGUUGGAGAGCGGCGGCAUUGCAAACGAGGCAUUCGAAGUGGAGCCUCCGGGAAUGGCCGCAGGCAUCCUCUGAAAUUGAGGAACCUGGGUGCGAAAGUCGCGGUUGUAGAGCUCUUCCUCGGUGAUGUGGUGCGUGUAAGCCUGGCCGCGCUUCACGUGGAACUCUUGGUACAUAGCAUUCCCGCGUCGCCUGGCACCCAGGAUAAAGCGAGCCGACAAAGCAACCAAGGGAUUACCACAUCUCACUGCCAUUGA